CGGGACACGGAGAAGAUGUAUGCCAUGAAGUACAUGAACAAGCAGCAGUGCGUCGAGCGGGACGAGGUCCGCAAUGUGUUCCGGGAGCUGGAGAUCCUGCAGGACAUCGAGCACGUGUUCUUGGUGAACCUCUGGUACUCCUUUCAGGACGAAGAGGACAUGUUCAUGGUGGUGGAUCUGCUCCUGGGCGGCGACCUUCGCUACCAUCUGCAGCAGAACGUGCAGUUCACCGAGGAGACGGUCAGGCUGUACAUCUGCGAGAUGGCCCUCGCCCUGGACUACCUGCGCAGCCGGCGCAUCAUCCACAGAGACGUGAAGCCGGACAACAUCCUCCUGGACGAACAAGGACACGCGCAUUUGAGCGACUUCAACAUCGCCACGAUCAUCCGGGACGGGGAACGAGCCACAGCGUUAGCAGGGACCAAGCCUUACAUGGCUCCAGAGAUCUUCCAUUCCUUUGUCAGCGGAGGGACAGGCUACUCCUUUGAAGUGGACUGGUGGUCAAUGGGCGUGAUGGCUUAUGAGCUGCUCCGUGGCUGGAGACCCUACGACAUCCACUCGAGCAACCCAGUGGAGUCGCUGGUGCAGCUGUUCAGCACCGUGAGCGUCCAGUAUGUCCCAACGUGGUCCAAGGGGAUGGUCAGACUUCUGAGAAAGCUCCUCACCGUGAGCCCCGAGCACCGCUUUUCCAGCCUGACAGACAUCCAGGCCUCCCCCUACCUGGCUGACAUCCUGUGGGACGAGCUGAGCCAGAAGAAGGUGGAGCCUGGCUUUGUGCCCAACAAGGGACGCCUGCACUGUGACCCCACCUUUGAGCUGGAGGAGAUGAUCCUCGAAUCCAGGCCCCUGCACAAGAAGAAGAAGAGGCUAGCCAAGAACAAGUCGAGGGACAACAGCAAGGACAGCUCCCAGUCGGAAAACGAUUACCUUCAGGAGUGUCUUGAGGCCAUCCAGCAAGACUUUGUGAUUUUUAACAGAGAAAAGCUGAAGAGGAGCCAGGCCCCGGAGGCCCUAGACAAGGGCGUGCCUGUCCCGGAGGCCACGGAGGAGGCCGGGCCGGACGCAGAGCCAGACGUGGAGAGCUCCCGCUUCCACAUGUGUAGCUCCGUGUGCCCCUCGGCAGGCAGUAGCUAGGCGGGCGGCGGAAGAGCCCGAGCCCUCCGGCCUCUGGAAAUCCUCGUUCUCAGGUGGCAAAGGUGAAUCUCUGGCUAGAGCCGGAGCCGGAGCGCUGCCGCGGGGAAGGCGACUCGUGCCCGCUCUCGUUUAGCCAGCCAAGAGCUUGCAAAGGCAGCCUUAGCUGACCGCGUUCCUGAACUCGCCGGGGUGAGGCGUCUGCUCCCGGGGGGCGCCCCGAACGUGCCUGCCGUGGCCCCGUCCGCUUCGGGGGGGCUGGAUCGCGAGCCCAGGACACACUCCAUUUUCUCCGCUCGGAGGUCACCGAGAAGGGCCUGGGCCUGCGGGGUCCCUGCAUGCACACGACCCCCAGGGGCUGCCCCACUCGGUGAGAAGGGCUCCUUCCCAAGAAGUGCCAGGGGAGGUCCGGUGGGCCGGCCUCCCUCCUCCUCCGGCCGCUGCCAGCUGUACAUACUGCCUUUUCCACUCUUUGGAAGCCUUUCCUGGCCGGGCCUGGGGGCCAGUUUCUGUUCCGGCCUCGAGCUGCCCAUCCGUGCCGGGCCCCGAGGACGUCGUCUGGGAGGAGCGGACGGGGCGAGGGCCGGGGCUCUCGGCCGUCCCGGCCAUUUGCUUCCCUUCUGUAUCCGUUUCACCUUCAUUGAUUAAACGAUGAGGAACAA